CUGGCUGCCUUCUGUAAGCGGUCGUUUCAGGCCCAUGGCUGCAGAGACUGACUCCCUUCCGAGUCCAGCGUCGUAGGCGCUUCAACCCGACUAUAUAUGACCGAGGCUGGUCCCAGCAUUGAAAAUUUGGCGCCAGGGACGCGCUCACUGAUUGGAGACCAGCUUGCCACCGCCCAGAAGAUGAAGGCCUUCAUUGUCGGUUCACUCCUGGCCACGGCGGUGUCCGCCGUCCCCAUGCCGGCCCCGGUCCCGGCUCCUCCCGGCAUCCCUUCUGCCUCGACAGCCCAGUCCCAGCUGGCUGCUCUCGCCGUCAAGGCGUACGUUGACGAUGGGACAUACAACCGUGACCUGUUCCCGCACUGGACCACGGUUAGCGGUACCUGCAACACUCGGGAGACUGUCCUAAAGCGGGACGGCACGAAUGUCAUUACGAACAGCGAUUGCGCUGCCACGUCCGGCACUUGGCGUUCUCCAUAUGACGGCGCCACCUGGACUCUCGCGUCUGAUAUUGACAUAGAUCACAUGGUCCCGCUCAAGAACGCCUGGAUCUCGGGGGCCAAGUCUUGGACCACGUCCAAGCGACAGCAGUUCGCGAACGACUUGAACACGCCGCAGCUCUGGGCUGUCACCGACAACGUCAACCAGGCAAAGUCGGAUCAGUCUCCUGACGUCUGGAAGCCCCCGCUCACGUCGUUCUACUGUACCUAUGCCAAGAGCUGGGUUGCUGUGAAGUACGCCUGGAGUCUGAGCGUCACUUCGGCCGAGAAGUCGGCGCUGAGCAGCAUGCUCAGCACUUGCUGAGUGUUGCGGGCAGGGGCUGGUUGAGGUGAUAUUGCGCCAGUUUCGGACUAUGUUCGCCUUCCUUAAUGCGUAACGGCUAGUGUACUUAGCUGCUCCCUAUGCGCUUGUGGGCACGUUACAUUAAUAAGCGCGGCCUAAUGCCAGACCGGAGAUAGCUACCUACCAUUACAAAUGAUCAUGCCAGCCG